CCAAACCAGCCUCGCAUUGUAGCAACGUCUUCAACUCCAAGUGUUGUUUAUUGUGACGGUGGUUCAGUACAACAUCAAACCACCCAUGUGUUGGACUUUGGUACAGGUUGCCAUAAAAAAGCUCCCAGUGAUUCCCAAAUUGUUGUUUCUGUGCCUUCAACUUUUCUUGACAUGGAGGAUAUCGCGUCCAAUUGUGAUAGUGAUGUUGAUGAUGAGUACGUGGAUUAUGAGAUCUUUCCUGCACACAACCAUAAUAGAGCAAUCGAGUACUGGGACAUUGGUGAUGCACAAUUUGUGUGUGGAUUUUGUAAUGCCCUUUUUUGGUUUGAGGAGCGUGUUGUUUCUGCGUCUUCUAAGAAGAAUCCUAAGUAUUCAUUGUGUUGCUGUCAAGGAAAUGUUGUCUUACCGUUUAUGAAAGAAC